AUGAAAUCAAUCAGAUACAUUUUUGUAUCCCUUUUGAUAGCUAGAGGUCUCGGCUCACCUGUUCUUAUGGGAAAUGUUGGAGAUACCAAUGUAAGGUCGUCUAUCGACAAUCAGGAGUUAUUCAGUGAAUUUAACAAGUAUUUCGCUGAUAAGGUACAACUUUGCAUUGAUCAAGCCCCUGCCAAUCAUGGUCUUUUAAUCUACCUCCAGCAACAGUCCCCAAAGAAGAUUUCUCCUUCUAGAGAUGAACAAGCUGACAAUGGAACAAGAUAUCAAAAAAGAUUUUUUAAGUCGUUAUACAAGACUUUCAAGGGUAUGCCUGCCGAACAACGUAUAGGAGUGUUUAGUACGAUGGUAAGUGCUUAUACACUACCUGCUUAUAUGACAAGUGCAGCUCAGGCCUGGGAUACCGAACAAAUUUCAAAUAUCAAAUCGAAAGCCGCAGAAAUGGAAGUGAAAAAAUCUAAAGGUGGAAAAUCUACACCAAAACCAAAAAAGAAUCCAAAAGUUCUCAUCCCGCCACCAAUUCUGCCAAUUAUUCACGUCAAAAGAUCUCUCGAAAAGCGAGGAGCUGAUCUCAGAAAAAUACAAAAGGCCGGUUCUAUGACAAAGAGUAUCUUGCAUUCUUCUCAUGGACCAGGAUCAGUUCAUGCAAUAGAAGCGGGUAUGCAUUCGCCUGCUCAUUCUGCUUUAAGCAGAGUCGGAAGCAGUCAUUCCUCUCCAGCCAAACCUGAACCUAAAAAGCCAAAGCAAGCUAAUCCAACGGUAAGCAAAGUAUUGACUUGGGUUGGUGGUUCGAUUCAACUACUCUAUAUCCCGGUCGGAUGGAUGACAACGCACAAAGUUCAAAGGGUGACGGAUGACGAUACACAUUCAUAUAGAAAGCGGAAUUACAGUAAAUAUUCAAAUGAAGAAUUUCCCACUAUCACUUGCAUUCCCAUUGCUCAAAGAGGUCACAGUGAUUUCAUCAUUCCAAAAGGGGCUUUGUCGUAA